AUGGCCGAGCGCCAAUGGACCAUGAUGGCGGCACUCGCGACCUGGUGCCCCGAGACGGUGUCCGAGCCCGACCCGGUCGGAGACUUACCUAUCCACGUUGCCGCCGCGUACCGCCAAUGGGACCUCGUCGAGAUGCUCGUGCAAUUGGCGCCGGCCACGGCGUCGCGACGGGACCGCCUCGGUCGGUCACUUCUCGCCGUCGCCCUUGGGGGGCAAGCGUGGCACUGCGCCAAGAUUCUCGUCGGGCUCGAGUUAAACCCGCUCCCGACCUACGACGUCGAUGUCGUCCUCCAGUUUCAGCAGUGGGAUUUGGCAGCGAUGCUCUUGUACGCGAUGCAAGAUCCUUUGGCGGAUCCGCAGCACACACUGUACCUCUGCUGCAAGUACGGCGCGCCGUCGUACAUUCUGGGGGCCGUAGCACCGACCAUCGCAAUGAUCGAAACCAUCAAGCCGCUCGACGUUGCGCUCAAGCACAAGCAUUGGGAGACGUCCGCGUGCAUCUUGUCGUUGCACACGGGAAGCGCGCGCAUCAAGAACGCGACGCGUCUCUUGCCCCUGCAAGUCGCAGUCGCCCAAGAGGCGCCAGCGUGGCUGCUGCAGCGACUCGCGUCGGCCUAUCCCAGCGCCGCGCUCUGCGUCGAUGCCCGAGGGAACCCGCUCGUGCACGUCAUGAGUGUACGCCAGCGAUGGGCCUGCGUCAGUGCGCUACUGGAGGCAUCGCCACGCGUGGCCGACACCCGCGAUGCCCUCGGGUUCUCGCUGCUCGAGUGCUUGCAUUAUGCACUCGCGCUGACGGGCCACGACCUCGACACCCUCGCAGCGACCGUGGCCAGUCGGUCGUUCCGAGACAGCGCCGGCAAUGCGGCGCUGCACGUGGCCGUGCUCUCCGGCAACGUGCUUUUUUGCAAAUCCCUGCUUCGACAUGCCAACAACAUCUUCCUUCGCAACGCCGACGGGCACUCGCCGCACGCGCUCGCGAUGCAGUCGUCGAGUCUCGAGCUCCGGCGACUCUUCGAGCCCCUCGAUGGCUCGGCCGGAGGUCUUCCAAACGAGUGGUUGGCGUCCAACGACUGCGAUGGAAAGACGCCGCUCGACCACGCGAUCGCGUCCGGCUCGCUGCGCGUCGUGCAGUGGAUGCUGCAGCAAGGCGCAGUUGCAUCGACGCCCAUCGAACGGCUGCUGUCGCCGCACUCGGGUGUGCCGCUGCCAACACAAGCGGCGAUUCGCACCGAGCUCAGCGCUGCGCAGCACAGUCGCCUCGUGCUACAUACGAGGUACCUCGUCGAGGCCAGGCAGACCGAAAACGACCCGGACGAUGCCGCAAUGGUGGCGCACGCGCUCGACCUCCUCUCUGGCACGUACGUGCAACUCCGGGGAUAUCAAGCGGCCGAUAUGUGCCAAGCCGACUGUGCGCACAUUCAAAGUGUCCAGCGGCAGUCGCAGCGCAUCCUCGGCGUGCUCGAUGCCUUUAGCGACAAGGGCGUGUACUAUGCAGUUCUUGCACAUGGCGUAGCGCCGCUGCGCCCGCUUGCAGCACGCUCGAGUGCCCAGCGACACCACAUUGCGUCGUCGCUCGCGCAGGCCAUCUACGAUCUGCACGUCAAAGCCAAAUGCGUCGCGUUGGCUCUGACCGCCGAGAGCUUUCUCGAGACCGGCAACUGCGAGUACCAGCUCACGGACGCUCUUGCAUGCAUCCCCAUAAACGCCUCAGUCGCCAACCCACAGCUAAUGGCCCUCUACGCCGCGACGUCAAAGCGAAAGUAUAUGAGUCCCCGCCUCGCCCGUCAACUGCUUCCGGUACCCACCACCGAUAGCACGGAUGACGCGAUGGUUGUCACGCCGUCCGACAACCUAUGGAGCCUCGGUGUCAUCCUGUUCGAGCUCUGGAGUGACACGCCAUGGCUCGAGGACCUCGAUGCCAAUCUCUUCUCGGCACUGCAUGCGAUUGCGCGCCAAGCCGACGAUGACGCGAUCGAAACUAAAAUCGUCGCUCGCGGCCUCUCGACGGCGAUGAACCACGUGUUGCUGCAACUGCUGCUUCCAUCGACGCCAGACGACAUGACACGCAUCAUUCACUUGGAGUACUUUGCCCCGGCGCAACAUGCAUCGGCACCACCGAGUGAGCUCGCCAAGGACCCUACGGACGCGAUGACGACGACGACGAUGCUGCAGCGCUACGAAAUCGUCGCUCUCGCCCUCGAGUCGCACCGCCAGCAGUUUUCCAGAGCCUUGCAGCAGCAAGAAGACCAUGCCAAGGUCGUCGCCAAGACGGAGCGGAAGCUCCAGCAGCUCACACUGGACCUCGCGGCGGCCAUGGAGCGCAAAGCCGACGCCGUGUCGGCCAAGCUCAGCGCGAUGGAGUCGACGCUGGCACAGCAGCGUACCGCGGCGCCAGAGCCCAUCUGGCAACGACACCAACACCCCAACAUCCGUGAGCACCGAAGAGCGAGUUACAUUGGGCAGCGCGUGCGCAAGGCAUUUGAGGACGGCAACGUGUACCAUGGAUCCGUUUGCCAGCUGCGGUUUGCAGGACCACCAAGCCGGCAGAGUGCGCUUUGGACGAUUGAGUACGACGACGGCGACAGCGAAGACGUCGCGGCUGAGGAGCUCGAGAGCCUUCUGCUCGCGCCUUUGUCGCUUCCGGUUCUCAUUCCGCGCAAGAAGCCACGUCUGCGCGGCCACUUUGCCAAGCCCAUGUCGAGACGACCGACGAACCGCUUCUAG